AUGCCAGUCCAGAUAUUUUGCACUAUUUCUUUUGCGGCUGAUGAUGAGAAGGGAGAGGAGAAGAGAAGGGAGGAGAGUUUUGAUCAGUUUUCUGAAGAGGGUGACCAUGAGGAGGAAGGCCAGUCGAAUGUGGUCAGCCUCGCUGCGUUUGCCGGGAGCUCCAACUUGCAUGGAAUGAGCCAUAUCUUUGUUGAGGGCGGCUGUGGCGUUCGACAAGUCUUGUGGGGCUGUGCUUUCCUCUCCUCCCUUGCCAUCUUUUUGUACCAGGUUAUGGACCGAGUCAUGUAUUAUCUGGAGUACCACCACAUCACGGCUCUCGAUGAGAUGGACAGCUCCUUCCUGUACUUCCCGGCGGUGACCUUCUGCAACUUCAACAGAUUCAGGCGCUCCAAGAUCACUUACGCAGACUUGGCCUUUGCCGGCACACUAAUGGGAUACACGGAGGGCAUGGAUCCAGGAUUCCGGGUGGCCCCGUCGGUCAAGAAUGAUGGCUCGUCCAUCAGCAUGUACGAAUUGUUCAACAGGACCAGCCAUCAGUUGGAGGACAUGCUGAAGGAUUGUCGAUACCGUAUGGAGGAAUGUGGCCCUGAAAACUUCACUGUGGUGUUUACAAGGUAUGGAAAGUGCUACACUUUUAAUUCGGGGCAGACUAAAGACCAACCAAUCCUGACAACAUUGAAAGGAGGGACCGGGAAUGGUCUGGAACUGAUGCUGGACAUUCAGCAAGAUGAAUACCUUCCUGUCUGGGGCGAAACAGAUGAAACCUCCUUAGAAGCUGGUAUAAAGGUUCAGAUUCAUGGACAAAAUGAGCCACCGUUCAUCGAUCAGCUGGGUUUUGGAGUGCCACCUGGAUUUCAAACAUUUGUUUCCUGUCAAGAACAGCGGCUAAUAUACUUACCUCCUCCCUGGGGGGACUGCAAAUCUACUCCAAUGGACUCAGACUUCUUCGACACUUACAGUAUCACUGCUUGUAGAAUUGACUGUGAAACUCGGUACCUGGUUGAAAACUGUAACUGCCGGAUGGUACACAUGCCAGGUGAUGCUCCAUAUUGUACACCGGAACAGUACAAAGAGUGCGCAGACCCAGCCCUAGAAUUCUUGGUGGAGAAGGACAGUACAUAUUGCACCUGUGAGACGCCAUGCAACAUGACUCGAUAUGGUAAGGAGUUGUCCAUGGUAAAAAUCCCCAGCAAGGCUUCAGCCAAAUACCUGGCCAAAAAGUACAACAAAUCAGAAGAUUACAUUGGGGAGAAUAUUCUUGUGCUGGAUAUAUUCUUUGAGGCCCUCAACUACGAGACGAUUGAGCAGAAGAAAGCUUAUGAAGUGGCUGGCUUGCUGGGUGACAUUGGAGGUCAGAUGGGUUUGUUCAUCGGUGCAAGUCUCCUGACUAUACUGGAACUUUUUGACUACGUGUAUGAGGUGUUGAAGCACAAACUGUGUGGCGUAUUGAAAUAUGGAAAACAACAGAAGAGAAACAACAAUGACAAGGGAGUAACACUCAGCCUGGAUGACAUCAAACGCCAUAACCCAUGUGAGAACCUAAGGAGCCACCCAGUGGGAAUGACAUACCCAGCCAAUAUUCUACCUCACCACCCGCCUCGCAGCACCUUUGAAGAUUUCACCUGCUGAUGGCGGAGGCUCACGACUGGCAACCACUACGACACACACUUAUCUCACGGUUCAACGAGCGGAAAGGAGACUGGACUGUCCACGGAGACUGGAGCUGUCCAAUUCUGAACUACCAAAGUCAUUGAACAAACCUUCUGGAGACACACUCAAAAACAACCCGACUACACGUUUGAAACAAAAUGGCAGUUUUGGGGAUGACUGUUCCGUGGACUCCACUCAUUCUUACACUAACUUUGC